AUGUACAGAAAUUAUUCUCUAGAUGAUAAAUACAAUUAAGAAUUGUUAAAUAUUGUAGAAGCCUUUGGUGGAGCAAAUUGCAAAUAUUGGACUUAAGUUGCAAGAUUAUUUUAUGAAAGAACAGGACUUGCUGAAACUAAAAGUUAUAAUCUAAAGAAAAGGUUAAAAUAUAAGAAUUUAUAUAUAUAUAGAUAUUAAAUAUUGACAAACUAUUGUGAUAAUAUAAAUUUGGAAUAAGAACAAAUCUUAUAUGAAACUGGAAUCAAAUGUAGAGGAUUAACUAAGGCUGGUUUAUAAGAAUUCUAAAAUAAAACUGGAUGUAAGUAAGUGUACAUAUCAAUUUCAGUUUGUAUCUUGGGAGAUACACAUAAAAGAUAGCCAGAUUUCUAUAAAUAGGGAUAAAAAUAAUUUCCUCUGCUUAUAUUCAUUUGAAGAAUAUUAAGAAAAAGAGAUUUGGAUCUUAAUUUCCUAGAAUCUCAUAUGUGGAUAUUAAUAUAAUGUUGAAGGCAGCUGAUAUAAAGGAGAAAAUAGAUGAUCCAAUUUUUAUUGAAUUAUAGAAUAGUGCCAUCAAAUUAGAAUAAUUAUUUUAUUAACAUGUAAAAUGUUAUGAUAAAAACAUGGAUGAGAGAUAUGAUCAUUAUAUGAAAGUGGCAAAUAGAUUAUAAUUUAAGAAAUUAAUGUUUUUUUUAUAUUUUUGUGGAGAAUUAAAAAGAAUAAGUUUGAACAUUUUUGAUAAUAAUAGUUGUUUUAAUCAUCCUUUGAUAAAAAAUGAUAUUGAACUAAAUAAGUAAUCUAUUUAUUAUUAAUUACUAAUAUCUUAAAAUGAUUGGAAGGAGAAGUAUGAUCUAUUUUUUAAUUGUACUAAUCAAUUUUAAACAAAUGAUUAAUUUUCAAUGUUAAUUAAAUAAGCCAAAAAAGAUGAAAUAGAUGAAUAUGAUCUAAUACCUAGAAAUUAAAAAUAAAUUUCAAAUAAAGUAGCUAAUGCAUAAAUAGAAUGUAUUGGCAAAUAAAAGAAACUUAGAUAUUUUAGAGGACAUUAUGUUUAAAAAGGUUAAAUAAAAACAACAGGUUAAACAACUAUAUAUUUUGAUCAUGAUGUAGACUCUGAAGAAAUUGAGAAUGAAGAUUUCGAAAAAGAAAUUUAAAGAUAAAAAGAAAAAGAGGAAUUAGAAAAAUAACAAGAAUAAUUUAUUAAAAUUUAUAAUUAAAUGUUUUCUAAGGAAGAAUAAGCUGAUUAAUUUAAGGAUUAAAAAGAUACUCAAAAUCAUAAAAAUAACAAAUUAAAAAAAAAAACAAGAGUACUUUGA